AUGAAUCCAACAAGUGAAAUCGAAAUCAGCAAAUUAGAAUUUGAUAUGAAAACAAUGUGCAGAGUUUGCUUGACUCAUAAUAUUGAUACGAGUGAACUGUUUAUGGAUAAUGAUAAUAAAUUAUUAAAUAAAAUCCAAUUUUGUACUGGAAUUCUGUUUAAAGCAAUGGAAGGUUAUCCAACACAAAUAUGUAAGAUAUGUACUGACAAUUUAUCAAUAGCUUAUAAAUUCAAGAAUUUGUGCCUAUUAUCUGAAGAAAUAUUCUUGAAAUUUAUAGAAAAUAUUAAAAUUGAAGCGUCCGAUGAUGACAGACGUGAUGAUGCUUAUGAAAAUAAUGAAUGUGAUACAAAUGUGAAAUAUGAAAUUGGCAGUGAAAUAAUUAAAGGAGAUGUAGAACUAGAAUCCAAUAUAUUUUUAAGAAAAAGUACUAGAUCUGAAAUGGCUAAAGAAAGCAAAGUACCUGAAUCCAGCAACAUAAAGAAACGUGGGCCUUAUAAAAAGAAAAGUGUACCUCGUUUAAGAAAGUAUAAGUUUAAAAAACUAACAUGUGAAUCAUGCAAUCUAAAAUUUCCUUCAAAAAAGCAAUCGGAUGAACAUAGAAAAAAGUUUCACAAUGAAAAUGUUAGUUGGAUAUGUGAGAUAUGUGGCAAGACAUUUUUGUACCGUGGUUCACAUUAUACACAUGUACGGUCACACGAGCCCCCUCGAUACUCCUGUGCACACUGCGACUACUGCAGUACUAUGAAAAGUGACUUAGAGAAACACUUGAGAAUACACUUUGGUAUAAAGAAGUAUAAAUGUUCAAAAUGUCCCGCUUCAUAUCACACGGUAUCGAACCUACACGACCAUGAACGUCGGUUGCACCAGCGCAUGAAACGCUUCCACUGCACCCUAUGUGAUCUCACUUUCUAUGAUAAAACAAAACUGAACAGACACAUUGACUCCCAUAAUGCUAUUAAACGAUUCACUUGUGAAAUAUGCCAUUCAAGUUUCACAAGACGAUGUCAUUGGAAGAAACAUCUUGAAAAACAACAUAAUAUAUCCAUUCCACCGCAAAGGCCUGGGAGAAGAAAAGCUAAUAUAAUAGAUCCCGCUAACAAACAUUCCUUUUUGAGUGAAGUCGGU